UCGGUCCCCUUUAAGGCCCGGCUCCCCCUUGGGCGCAGCCGCUCACCUGGCUCAGGUGACGCCGGGGAAGGAGGAAGCGGUGGCUGCCGCCCGCCCCGGCCCCGCCAUGUCCGCCUCCGCCGUCUUCAUCCUCGACCUCAAGGGCAAGCCCCUCAUCAGCCGCAGCUACAGGGGGGACGUGAGCGCGGCCGACGUGGAGCCCUUCCUGGCCCUGCUGCUGCAGCGCGAGGAGGAGGGGGCCCCCGCCCCGCUGCUGGCCCACGGGGGGGUCCACUUCCUCUGGAUCAAGCACGCCAACCUCUACCUGGUGGCCGCCACCAAGAAGAACGCCAACGCCAGCCUGGUCUACGCCUUCCUCUACAAGGUGGUGGAGGUCUUCUCCGAGUACUUCAAGGAGCUGGAGGAGGAGAGCAUCCGGGACAACUUCGUCAUCAUCUACGAGCUGCUGGACGAGCUGAUGGACUUCGGCUUCCCGCAGACCACCGACGGCAAAAUCCUGCGGGAGUACAUCACCCAGGAGGGCAACAAGCUGGACACGGGGAAGUGGCGCGUGCCCACCACCGUCACCAACGCCGUGUCGUGGCGGUCCGAAGGCAUCAAGUACAAGAAGAACGAGGUCUUCAUCGACGUGGUGGAGUCGGUGAACCUGCUGGUGAGCGCCAACGGCAGCGUGCUGCUCAGCGAGGUGGUGGGCACCGUCAAGCUGAAGGUCUUCCUCUCCGGGAUGCCCGAGCUGCGCCUGGGGCUGAACGACCGCGUCCUCUUCGAGCUGACGGGCCGGGGCAAGAACAAGUCGGUGGAGCUGGAGGACGUCAAGUUCCACCAGUGCGUGAGGCUCUCGCGCUUCGACAGCGACCGCACCAUCUCCUUCAUCCCCCCCGACGGCGACUUCGAGCUCAUGUCCUACCGCCUCAACACCCAGGUGAAGCCGCUCAUCUGGAUCGAGUCGGUCAUCGAGAAGUUCUCCCACAGCCGGGUGGAGAUCAUGGUCAAGGCCAAGGGGCAGUUCAAGAAGCAGUCGGUGGCCAACGGGGUGGAGAUCGCGGUGCCGGUGCCCAGCGACGCCGACUCGCCCAAGUUCAAGAGCAGCGCGGGCGCCGCCCGGUACCUGCCGGAGCGGAACCUCGUCCUCUGGACCAUCAAGUCCUUCCCGGGGGGCAGGGAGCACGUGCUGCGCGCCCGCUUCGGGCUGCCCAGCGUGGAGCGGGAGGAGGGCGAGGGGCGGCCGCCCGUCUCCGUCCGCUUCGAGAUCCCCUACUUCACCGUCUCCGGCAUCCAGGUGCGCUACAUGAAGAUCAUCGAGAAGAGCGGCUACCAGGCGCUGCCCUGGGUGCGCUACAUCACCCAGAGCGGCGACUACCAGCUCCGCACCAGCUAGAGGGACCCGGCGCCAUGGCCCCCCCCACGGCGCCCCACGGCCCCCCCGUGGCCCCCCCACGGCCCCCGCAGUCACUAUAAAGUCUGCACCCGUG